AUGGAAGUGGGACCGAUGGCAUCCGCGAGCGGGCUGUGGGGUGUGACCGACAAGAAGCUGGAUGGCUGGAUCAUGGACAACCUGCAGCCUAGUGAGGAGUUCAGCAGGCAGGUGAAGGAGACGGUGAAACAGAUCUGUGAAUUCCUGAAGCAGCAGGAUUUCGAGAAAAACAUCAGAGUCCAGAAGACUGUCAAGGGUGGCUCAACAGGCAAGGGCACAGCCCUGAAGAAUAACUCUGAUGCUGAUGUGGUGCUCUUCAUCAACUACUUCUCCAGCUACGAGAAGCAGAAGCAGGACAAGGAGAGGUUGUAUAUCCUGAAGUUGAUCGAGGAGAGGCUGCACAUCUGCAGGGACAGAGUGGAUUUCACUGUGAGCAUCAGCAAGCCCUGGUACAAGCGUCCCAGCAAUGCACCCCGUUCCCUCAGCUUCAGCCUCUGCUCCAAGAACUCAGAGUCCACUGAGGUGGACCUCUUGCCUGCCUAUGAUGCCUUGGGGCCAGUGAUCAAGGAUGUCCCUCCAGAUACAAAUGUGUUUGUGAAGCUCCUGAAUGCUUGCAGUAGCCCUGGGGAGUUCUCCCCCUGCUUCACUGAGCUGCAGAAGAAGUUUGUGAAGCGUUGCCCUCCAAAGCUGAAGAACCUUGUGCGCCUGGUCAAGUACUGGUACAAGGAGUUGGUGAAAGCAGAACACCCCAACGCAGACCUGCCUCCCAAGUAUGCCCUGGAGCUGCUGACCAUCUACGCAUGGGAAGUGGGCACUAACUCCAACAAAAACUUUGUCACAGCUGAGGGCUUCCGUACUGUGCUGGAGCUGCUGCGCCAGCACCAGGAGAUCUGCAUCUACUGGGAGGAGUUCUACUCACUCCAGAACCGCCAGAUUGGUGACCACGUGAAGAGGCUGCUGGGCAGUUGCCGCCCCGUAAUCCUGGACCCUGCCGACCCCACGGGAAUCCUGGGCCAAGGCAAGAGGUGGGACCUGCUGGAGAAGGCAGCUGCCUCCCACUUAGCACAGCUGCCCUGCAUCAAGAACAUCCGGGCCUGGGUUGUGGAGCCAGCCCGACCUGUGGAGAUUGUGGUGAAGCAGCUGACAGGCACCAGGCUGAGCAAGACCAUAAGCCCAAGCACCACUAUCUGGCAGCUGAAGGAGGAGGUCGAGAAGGUAUGGGGCAUCCCCUGGUACCAGCAGCGCCUGGCAAUGCAGGAACCCCUCAGGGGCAACGGAGUCCUUCAGAACCAUGGGACUCUGGCCAGCCAUGGCAUAUUCUACAACACCACGCUAACACUGCUGCAGACUGAUCCUCAGGAGAUGGAGGUCUUCGUGCAGGACAACAAGACCACUACCUACAGGGUGCAACCCACCCUUACUGUCCGGCAGCUGAAGGAGAUGAUCCACAGACAGCAUGGGCCUGCCCCUGACCAGCAGCGCCUGAUAUACAACUGCACAGACAUGCAGGACAAGUACACGCUGGCAUACUACAAAGUCCACCCCAGGAGCACCAUCCAGCUGGUUGGGAGGCUCCGAGGGGGUGCAGGUCCCAGGCACCCCCAGUUUCCUGCCUGCUCACCCUCCUGAGCAUCACACACACACCCUCCCUCCCCCUUGGAAUCUCUGUAACUCCCCCUCAUCAUGCUGAAAAUAAAUGCCUUGGUAGAU